GGCACCUCCCCCUGUGAGCAGUGCUUGGUACAGCCCAAAUAGUUUCCAGGUUAAGAAAGCCAGAAUCUUUGUUCAGCUGCACUGACUGAGCAGACUUAGUGGGGUUACCUGGCAAAGAGCAGCAGCAGCAGCAGCAGCAGCAGCAGCAGCACCAGCAGCAGCAAGGCUCCUGAGAUAUCUCAGACAUAGUUCGAUACUAUGGGUCCUCCUCUGAAGCUCUUCAAAAACCAGAAGUACCAAGAACUGAAGCAGGAAUGCCUGAAAGAUGGCCGGCUUUUCUGUGACCCUACCUUCUUGCCGGAGAAUGACUCCCUAUUUUUCAACCGUCUGCUUCCAGGAAAGGUUGCAUGGAAACGGCCUCAGGACAUUUCUGAUGACCCCCAUCUGAUUGUGGGUAACAUCAGCAACCACCAGCUGAUCCAGGGAAGACUGGGGAACAAGUCAAUGAUCCCUGCAUUUUCCUGUUUGGCUGUUCAGGAGUCACACUGGACAAAGACAAUUCCCAACCAUAAGGAACAGGAGUGGGAUCCUCGAAAGCCAGAAAAAUAUGCUGGAAUAUUUCGCUUCCGUUUCUGGCACUUUGGAGAAUGGACUGAGGUGGUGAUUGAUGAUUUGCUGCCCACCAUCAAUGGAGAUCUGGUCUUCUCAUUCUCCACCUCCAUGAAUGAGUUUUGGAAUGCUCUACUGGAAAAAGCUUAUGCAAAGCUGCUGGGCUGUUAUGAGGCUUUGGAUGGUUUGACCAUCACUGAUAUCAUCAUGGACUUCACGGGCACAUUGGCUGAGAUUGUUGACAUGCAGAAAGGCAGAUACACGGACCUUGUUGAGGAGAAGUACAAGCUGUUCAGAGAACUGUACAAAACAUUCACCAAAGGAGGUCUAAUUUGCUGCUCCAUUGAGUCACCUAGCCAAGAGGAACAAGAAGUUGAAACAGACUGGGGUCUACUGAAGGGUUACACCUAUACCAUGACUGAUAUUCGCAAGCUCCGCCUUGGAGAAAGACUUGUCGAAGUCUUCAGUGCUGAGAAGCUGUACAUGGUUCGCCUGAGGAACCCAUUGGGAAGACAAGAAUGGAGUGGCCCCUGGAGUGAAAUUUCCGAAGAGUGGCAGCAACUGACUGUAACAGAUCGGAAGAAUCUGGGUCUUGUGAUGUCUGAUGAUGGAGAAUUUUGGAUGAGUCUGGAAGAUUUUUGCCACAACUUUCACAAACUGAAUGUCUGCCGCAAUGUGAACAACCCUGUUUUUGGCCGCAAGGAGUUGGAAUCAGUGGUGGGAUGUUGGACUGUGGAUGAUGACCCUCUGAUGAACCGAUCAGGAGGCUGCUAUAAUAACCGUGAUACCUUUCUGCAGAAUCCUCAGUACAUCUUCACCGUGCCUGAGGACGGCCAUAAGGUUAUCAUGUCACUGCAACAAAAGGACCUCCGUACUUACCGCCGAAUGGGAAGACCUGACAAUUACAUCAUUGGUUUUGAGCUCUUCAAGGUGGAGAUGAAUCGCAGAUUCCGCCUCCACCACCUGUAUAUUCAGGAGCGUGCUGGGACUUCCACCUAUAUUGACACCCGUACUGUGUUUCUGAGCAAGUAUCUGAAGAAGGGCAACUAUGUGCUUGUUCCAACCAUGUUUCAGCACGGCCGCACCAGCGAAUUUCUACUGAGGAUCUUCUCUGAAGUGCCUGUUCAGCUCAGGGAACUGACAUUGGACAUGCCCAAGAUGUCUUGCUGGAAUCUGGCACGUGGCUACCCAAAGGUGGUUACACAAAUCACUGUUCACAGUGCUGAGGGCCUGGAGAAGAAGUAUGCCAAUGAAACUGUAAAUCCAUAUCUGGUCAUCAAAUGUGGGAAGGAAGAAGUCCGUUCCCCUGUCCAGAAGAAUACCGUGCAUGCCAUUUUUGACACGCAGGCCAUUUUCUACAGAAGGACCACUGACAUUCCUAUUAUCAUCCAGGUGUGGAACAGCAGAAAAUUCUGUGAUCAGUUCCUGGGGCAGGUUACUCUGGAUGCUGACCCCAGUGAGUGCCGUGAUCUGAAAUCUCUGUACCUGCGUAAAAAGGGUGGUCCCACUGCCAAAGUGAAGCAAGGCCACAUCAGCUUCAAAGUUAUCUCCAGUGAUGAUCUCACUGAGCUCUAAGCACUCAAUAUAAGAAAGAGCAUCAUGACAGUUUUCUUUUUUUUUUUUUGGUCAGGCACCAGGUCUUCACUUCAGAUUCAUAAUUAUUCAAACUCCACACUUAUUCAUGUUUCCUCCUUUCUGAGAUUUCCCAUACCUCCUGACCCAAGUAGUCUCAGUAGCUACAUAACCUAUAUACCUCUAGCAGCUGGACAGGGGAGGUGACAGUCCCAUCUGGAGAUCUUACACAUGUUUGCUGAGAAAAGAUCCUUAGGGCUUCCAGAGGUGAGAUUCAAAUGGGACAAUAACAAAAAUAUGAACAUCCUAUGUGUGUCUUUGCUGUUUCCACCGGCCCAGCAUAUCUUCCCUGUAGGGCAUGUUGAGGAAGAGGGAGAGGUGAUGAAGGCCAAGCUGGUCUAGCCUGACAUCCAGCUCCUGAUUAACACUACAGACUUACGAGCAACAUUUCACCAGUAGCCAGAGCUGACUUUAACAGUCUCAGCCCUUACCUCUAUCACCACCACCACCUCCGGAAAAUGUGGUCCUGCCUAACUCAAGUCACUUCCCCCUCAGUGUUUUGCCUUCAUGUUGCAGAAGCUUCCUAGGUGCUAAAUCAAGAGCUGGAGUUCAAUGAGGCUGAGACAGUCAUAAGAGCUUGAGCUUCAGCAAUGUGGAAGCCAGCUGUGUGCUAUGAGAGGGAAAAAAUAGAAGAAGCUGCAGGGUGAGACAAAGCCUCAGUCCCUCACCCAUCCACACACACCUACACUCACACACACGUAAGUGCACAUGAACUACCAUUCAAACAGUCAGUGGGCAAGAGUAAGGACUGGUGAUGUUAUCACAUACACCAAAAAGAUAAAAGAGUCUAUUCAGAAACAGCACAGCCAGUUCGGGGUCCCUGACUACAAUGUGAAACCUCUUGCUGCUGCUACAUUUAUAAACAAGCCCAUUGCCCUGGACUUCCUAAUAUCAUCACUGUACUGAAAACUCUAUAUGGGAACUUGGGAGCCUGGGUCCCAUGCAGAUCCACCAGGCUUUUGCCUCUGAUGGGACGCUCCACUCCCCAGGGCUUUAUUUUUAGUAUGUCUCCAAAAUUUCCUUGUGAAUCAGUCAUUACAUGUUCAUCCCUUCAUUCUCAUUUAUUAGCAUUCUGCCCUUAUUCAAGGCCCAGCCUAAAUUCCACCUCCUCCAUAAAGUUCUUUCAAAUCUUAACCCCAAAGCCCACCCCAACAUUAUUUCAGCCCUUCUGCAACAAUGCAAAUACACAUAGUUGUAGUACUUAGUCUAGUUCAACACGCAUUCAUUUAAAAAUACAUUUUGUAUCUUUUUCUCUAUUUUAGCUUGUUCAUUUUCAUUCACAUUUUGCAGUAUUUGUAACUUUUAUAGUGCUUUCGCCAUACUGCCUUACACCAAAAAAAAAAAAAAAAAUCACAAUAAAAUUUACAUUCAA